AGCCGGGCCGGCCCCGCCCCGCCCCGCCCCGCCGCGCGGGAGGAGAGGGCUGCGCUGGGGGAGCGGGAGCGGGAGCGUGCUGGACCCCGCAGCCGUCGCCGCUGCGGAGAUGGUGCUCUAACUCAGUCGUGUGAAAAGCUUCUACACGGUUCCAGUGCAAGUGUACAUUCAAGACUAAUCAAGGGAUUGAGGACAUCAGCUUUUUCCUGCUGUGAGAUUUCAUUCCCAGCUGAGAGAUUUCAUUCCCAUAUUUCUAAUGUGCUGAAGUUUUUUAGACUUUGGGGACAAGAUCUCUACCUCAAAUUUUAUGAAUACUGAGAGCCAUGGCUGUGGAACUUUUACUGCUGCUGUUGCUUUGUGGAAGUACAAUUUCAGAGAUGCAGCCAAUACAUAAAUCACCUCCUGGAACUUUGGAUUUUGGGUUUGUACCUGUGAAGACUUAUGAUACACAUGCAUAUUAUGAACCUGGACCAAUAGGAAUUUUGUUUAGCAUAGUCCAUUCUUUCCUUUACGUUGUGCAACCAAAUUCUUUCCCUCAAGUCCUAAGGGCUGCAUCGACUUCCAAGAUGCAGGAAAACCCUCCCUCAGCACACUCCCCAGAGGUCAUCAGAAAGCUAGCACAGCAGAAGUUUGGGAACAUACAGAAUGAUUAUCAGAAGCCAGAAAAUGUUGUCCUGACCCUUCAGGCAAUCUACUACGAAAUCGGUUUUAUAAUCUGUGCUGCUUUGGGAUUGCUAUUUGUUCUGUUACUGCCUCUUGUGGGACUGUGCUUCUGCAUGUGUCGUUGCUGUGACAACUGUGGUGGGGAAAUGCACCAAAGACAGAAGAAAAAUGCUGACUGCAGGAGGGGCUGCUUUGCAACAUUUCUUUUUGUUACUUCUCUAAUAAUCAGUAUUGGUGUUCUUUGUGCAUAUGCUGCGAACCAACACUUAACAGAUCAAGUCCGGGGAGCAAAGCACCUGAUGUACAGUAAUUUUAAAGACCUGAGAAUUUUCCUUAAUGACACUCCAGGGCAAAUUGACUACUUGGUGAGCCAAUACAACACUACCAAGGAAAAAGUACUCUCUGACCUUAACAAUGUUGGGCCAUUGCUUGGCUUUAGAGUCCAGGAGCAAUUGGGGAAAGAAGUCCGCCCUGCACUAGAUGCAGCUCUAGCAAUGGCAGGAGCAAUCAGAGAAACAAAGGAGGCAUUGGAAAAUGUGAGCGUGUCUGUGGAGGUUUUGCAGGAAGGCACUGAAAGACUCCAUGCUAACCUGACAGAUGUAAAAGCACACCUAAGCAAUACACUUAAUGAUUCUGCCUGUUCUGCACCUCAAGUUGCUUCAACUUGCAACAUGAUCAGAAAUUCAUUACAUCAGCUGAAUAUCAAUGCCAACUAUAGUGGGUUGCCAAGUGUGAAUUUGCAGCUUGCCAAAGUCAAUGAUGUCCUUAAAAUAGACCUCUCUAGUUUGGUUCAAAAGGGUUAUACAGCAUUUAAUGAUACACCAGAUUUAGUGAUGAACCAGACCAGGAAUAUCUUAUCAGAUAUCCAAAAUGUAUUGGAAUCUGUUGGCUCAAAUAUCACUAGCUUCACUAAAUCACUUCCUGUUGAGAAAAUUAUAGCUGAUUUCACAAUGUAUCUUUCUCAGAGUGAGGCAUAUGUUCAAGAUUAUUUCCCAGUAGUGGAACAGUAUGAUUUCUAUAGGUGGCUGGCUUGUCUAAUUCUCUGCUGCAUGGUGAUCCUUAUCCUGGUCUUUUAUUACCUGGGGUUACUAUGUGGCACCUGUGGUUACGACAGGCAUGCUUCUCCAACAACCAGAGGCUGUGUUUCAAAUACUGGAGGGAAUUUUCUCAUGGCUGGCGUUGGAUUCAGUUUCAUUUUCUCCUGGGUGCUGAUGAUUGUAGUUGUAGUCACUUUUGUUACAGGCGGAAAUGUAGAAAAACUCGUUUGUGAACCAUUUGAAGACAAGACUUUAUUCAAGGUCUUCGAUACUCCCUACUUACUGAAUCAGCAUUGGAAAAACUAUCUUUCCGGCAUCUUGCUAAAGAAUCCAGAUAUUAACUUGACCUUUGAAAAAGUUUACAGUGAUUGCAAAGAAAACAAAGGAAUUUAUACCUCACUUCAUCUAGAAAGUCUCUUCAAUAUAAAUGAAUUUCUAAAUAUUAGCAUGUAUACAGAAGAAGUAUCACUUAAAAUCGAACAUAUUAAUAUUAAUCUCAGUGGCAUCAUUCUACUGGAUGCACCUGGGAGGCAGAACCUUCUGAACUUUAGCUCUUCCGGAGUUGAUGGAAUCAACUUUGCAGCAUAUUUAACAGAGAUCAAUAAAAGCAUUACCAAAGUGGAUCUUUUGUCAUUUGCUAAUGACUUGGAAGCAAGAGCAGACCAGUUGCCCAGAGGAGCGCUGGAAAAUGCCUUAAAGGGACAUGCAAACAGUAUUCGAACAAUUCAUGAUCAGCAAGUUAUUCCACUAGAGCAAGCCAUGAGCACUUUAAAUCGGAGCAUUCGAUUACUGCAGAAGACAUCAUCUGAACUUAUGGAAAAAGUAAAAAAUGUGAUUAAUGCUGUUAAUGCUGCUCAGCUCCUCAUAAACAACAAUGCUUCGUUAGUUAUCGUCCAGGAGACUAAAAAGUACAUGGAUAUGAUUAUAGGCUACUUCGAGCAAUAUGUUAACUGGGUCAAAGAGUCGGUAACCAUGGAUGUGGCUGCAUGCAAGCCAAUUGCCAAUGUGAUAGAUACUGCAGUAGAUAUUUUUUUAUGUAGCUAUGUAACUGAUUCUGUGAAUACCUUCUGGUUUGGUUUGGGAGGCUGUUCAAUAUUUUUAAUUCCUGCCAUAAUUUUUGCUGUAAAACUAUCCAAAUACUAUCGUAGAAUGGAUACAGAGGAUGUGUAUGAUGAUGUUGAAACUAUACCCAUGAAAAAUAUGGAAAAUGGUAAUAAUGGUUAUCAUAAAGAGCAUUUAUAUGGUAUACACAAUCCUGUUAUGACAAGCUCUGUGGAACAGUGGUAGCAGAUGAUACUGGCAACAUUGGGGGCCCGUAAAUGUGAUGCUCAAGAGACUUCUGUGGGACAGCAUGACACUUGAAACUGUAUUGGGAUCUGCAUUCAUCUUCCAAGCCCUGAGCCACUCGCUUUAUGCGGCUUGUCCUGUAAAUCAAGCAAAUAAUAUUGAAUGUUAUACCAUAAACUACUGUACAAAAUAUUUUAUGACCAGGGCACUUGGCAUCCACUUCUCGCUCACUACCAUUCAGAGUUUAAAAUAAAGUGUAAUUUUGUUUCUUUUUUACUUUUUUACACUGGGCUUUCUAAACCAAAUCAUGAUAAAGAUAUUAAUUUCACUUGCAUAGAUUUUACUUCAAGUUAACUGUCUGACUGUGGUUGCUCAAAAUCUCCUUCUUAUUUUGUUGGGAAUGUAUUAAAUACGUUUACAUAAAGAAUACAUUUUAUAUACAGAGACUUUUGUAUAUACAUUUUCUUACAACUUAUAAGUAUUUAGCUAAGUUUUUAAUACUGUAUAAUAUACUUCAUAAAAGAACUUACCAGCAUGAUCAGUGUUGAUAUUUGGUGCUCUUGGAAUGACCACUUUUGACUGAACUUUUAAAUAUAUGAAACUCACAAUAUCUCUUUUGUGUCUUUGAAAAAUUAAAUCAGUCAAAGAAUUAUUUUCUCCUUUCCUUGAAUAAUUUCAUAUGUAGUGAUGUUUGAAAUAUAGAAAAAAAGAAGGCAGUUUCAGAGAAACUCAUUUAAAACUACAAGUUUGUGUUUGUUUUUGUGUGCUUGCACUGCACAAUAUGGAAAACCCACCUGAUGACUGGAGUUUAAUAAUACUCAAAUAGAGUAGGAUGUCAUGAAACUGGUUCUUUUACAAGGGUUGGAAACCUACAGCCCAGGAGUUGGAUCUGGCCCCUGAAGAGAUUGGAUCUUUCCCAGGGCAACCUGGGGAAUCAGCAGCACACUGUAGCUGGGGCAGCAGAGGGGGUCCAACCAUUGCCUUGUUCCAUCUAUUCCUUCUGCAGUAGCCAGGGCCCUAGAGGAGAUAUCCUACAGUCUGCUGUGCUCUGUCUGUUCCUUCCGCGGUGUCUGCUGGCCACUCUGCUCUCCCAAAUACAGCACCACCAAAUUUUAACCCUUUCCAUCACUCUUGGCCACUUGAAUCUGUGGUGAAGGUAGGUGCAGGUGGCUUGGGCACUCGGGGUGGGGGGAGGGCAUAGAUUUGUGACCUGUGGGAGGGUUCUGGGUCACAAGCAUAGCCAGUAGUAGCAAAAAGUUGCUCAUCUCUGUUUUUGAAAGCGCCAUUUCUCCUGUACAACCCAAGUUCCUAAGAGAUGGCACUGAAAAUUGUUUAACAGCCAGGAAUUAUUUUUGCUAAUUCAUUUGCAAAUGCAACUUUCCACAUAAAACUUAGAAACGCUUUGGGGGAGUUAAUUUACAUUGUUACUGUUUGGGGAUUGCCUUGAAUUUAGGCAUGACAGUUGUGUUGCUGGAUGAGAUGGCUGCAUAAAUUCAUUUAAAAGGGCUGCAAAUGUCUACACUAUAAAUAUAAAGCACAAGGAGCAAAGGAAGAUGAAAUAAAUAGAUGUCUUGAAUAUGUUUAUUCUUAGUUUUAUUUCCAGAAAGGUGAAUUAUGGUUUCAAUUAGGGGUAUUCCUGAAAACCAUUGAAUAUAUAAGAUGAAAACUGAAGAGUGCUACCAGGUUUUCAGUGCUACCAGUCUUUAUCUGAAAUAACUUCCUACAUUUUUCACUGUUAGAUCGUAAAUGGAAAUCUUUCUACUUGAUUAUAUGUAGCAUAUGUGUACAUAUUAUGUUCAGACUGUAGAUUUUAAAGUUUCUAUUUUUAAUUUGAGAAAAUGUUCCCAAUACAUUGAAAUAAAAAAAAAAACUUGGUUAACUAA